AUGGAUGCCUUUUGCAGACUCAGUGGUCUGGACCCUCUGUGGGACUGGAACCGUACAUGGUACACAGCCAACCCAGACCUGACCCAGUGUUUCCAGAAUACAGUGCUGGUGUGGGUUCCGUGUGUUUAUCUGUGGUUGCUGGCCCCUUUCUACUGUCUUCACCUCUACUGCCAUGACCAUGGACGCAUUCAAAUGUCUUGCCUCUGCUCCACCAAAAUGGUGUUUGGUUUCUUGCUGGCUUCUUUUGGCUUUGUGGAGUUUUUCUACAUCCUGCUGGAAAGGAGCCAGGAGAUCCAGCAGCACAUGGUCUUCCUACUCAGUCCCAUAAUACGAAGCAUGACUGUGAUCCUGACUUUAUGCAUCAUCCAGCUGGAAAGAAUAAGAGGCUGUCGUUCUUCUGUGUUCCUCUUCUUGUUCUGGGUCUUGGCUGUCGUAUGUUCCCUGGUGCCUCUCAGAGCUAAGAUCCAGCUGGCCAUGGAUGAGGGCAUUGCCUCUGACAUUGUACGAUACCUCGCCUUCUUCUCCUACUUCACAAUCCAACUGGCCCAGCUCUUCCUGUGCUGUUUUGCUGACCAGCCACCAGAGGGAAAACCCAUCUUGGAAAAGAAUCCCUGCCCCGUGAAAGAUGCUUCUUUCCUGUCAAAGAUUCUCUUCUGGUGGUUCACUGGGCUUGUUGUGAAAGGAUAUCGUACUCCGUUGGUAGCAGAGGAUCUGUGGACCCUGAGGGAGGAGGACACGUCACACAAGAUUAUCUCUGAGCUGCAAGAGGACUGGACAGCUGAAUGUGCCAAACUCCAAAAGCAGGAGAAGGCCUUGGCGUCGGGUGUGGCGCUAGGGAGCAGGAUGCCAGACCAAGCUCAGCUCCUCAGGAAGCUCCAGAAGGAGCAGAGCUCUGGCUUCUUCCUGCUCAGGACGUUGGCACGCAAGUUUGGUCCAUACUUCCUCACUGGUACCCUGUGUAUCAUAUUCCACGAUGCCUUCAUGUUUGCAAUCCCCCAGGUGCUCAGUCUUCUUCUGGGUUUCAUGAGAGAUGAAGAUGCUCCACUGUGGAAAGGCUACUUCUACGCCACUCUCAUGUUUCUGCUGUCCUGUCUCCAGUCCCUGUUCAAUCAUCAGUACAUGUACACAUGCUUCACAGUGGGAAUGAGGGUGAAGACAGCUGUUAUGGGCUUAGUUUACAGGAAGUCUUUGGUGAUAAACAGUGCUGCCAGGAGGACUUGCACUGUGGGUGAAAUUGUGAAUUUGGUUUCAGCAGACACUCAGAAGCUCAUGGAUUUUGUGGUGUAUUUCAACGCUGUCUGGCUGGCUCCUAUUGAGAUUGCGCUUUGUCUCUUCUUUCUCUGGCAGCAUCUAGGCCCAUCAGCUUUGGCAGGAAUUGCCACUGUCAUACUCAUUUUCCCACUCAAUGGAUUCAUUGCAAAGAAAAGAAGCAAGCUGCAGGAGAUCCAAAUGAAGUUCAUGGAUGGCCGUAUCAGACUGAUGAACGAAAUCCUGAAUGGAAUAAAGAUUCUGAAGUUUUAUGCCUGGGAGAAGGCCUUCCUUGAGCAGGUUUUGGGCUACAGAGAAAAAGAGCUUAAGGCCCUGAAGAAGUCACAGAUCCUUUAUUCCAUCUCCAUUGCAUCUUUCAAUUCCUCCUCAUUCUUGAUUGCCUUUGCCAUGUUUGGAGUUUAUGUGAUGCUGGAUGACAGGAACGUCCUGGAUGCACAGAAGGUUUUCGUCUCAAUGGCACUUAUCAACAUCCUGAAGACCCCACUAAGUCAGCUUCCAUUUGCAAUAAGCACAACCAUGCAGGCUGUGGUUUCACUGAGACGUCUGGGAAAGUACCUGUGCUCAGAGGAACUCAAAGCAGACAAUGUCUCAAAAGCUCAUUUAAGCUCUGAUGUGGAAGACGUAGUGAUAGAAAACGGUACCUUCAGCUGGUCUGCAGAGGGCCCUCCGUGUCUUAAACGGAUCAACAUUCAUGUGCCACAAGGCUCCCUUGUUGCUGUGGUCGGGCAUGUGGGCAGUGGAAAGUCGUCUUUGUUGUCCGCCAUGCUCGGUGAAACAGAGAAAAGAAGUGGCCAUGUCACUGUCAAGGGCUCUGUGGCAUAUGUGCCUCAGCAGGCCUGGAUCCAGAACGCCACAGUCCAAGAUAACAUCAUAUUCGGCCGUGAGAAAUUGAAAACAUGGUACCACCGUGUGCUGGAGGCCUGCGCUCUGCUGCCCGACCUCGACAUUCUUCCUGCUGGAGAUGCUACAGAAAUCGGAGAAAAAGGACUGAACCUCUCAGGAGGGCAGAAGCAGAGGGUUAGCCUGGCCAGGGCUGUCUACAGGAAGGCUGAUGUAUACCUUCUGGAUGACCCUUUGUCUGCUGUUGAUGCACAUGUGGGUCAACACAUCUUUGAUCAAGUCAUUGGACCUAAAGGAGUCCUCGGAGAAAAGACUCGCAUCCUAGUGACCCAUGGGAUGAGCUUCCUGCCACAGGCCGACCUCAUCCUCGUCUUGGUAGAUGGAGAAAUCACAGAGAGUGGCUCCUACCAGGAUCUCCUCAGCCGUGAUGGCGCCUUUGCUGACUUCAUCCACACCUUUGCCAGCACAGAGCGAAAAGAGAGCGCCAUACAGAGAGCUGGUUCCAGACGGUCCAACGCUCGUCUCAGCAUGGUCGACUUCAUGCCCUUCUCUAGAGACCUGUCACAAGAGCAGCUCAUUGGGGGUGACACCACCAAUACCAACCUGCAAAAUAUGGAGCCUGUGUCUGAAACAGACCAGGAACAAGUACCAGAGGACUUGGGCAAGCUGACUGAGGUUGACAGGGCCCACACCGGGAGGGUGCAGUUAGAGAUGUACAAGAAGUACUUCAAAACCAUCGGCUUGGCCAUCAUCAUUCCCAUCGUCUUUCUGUAUGCCUUUCAGCAGGGUGCCUCACUGGCCUACAACUACUGGCUCAGCAUGUGGGCUGAUGACCCUGUUGUUAAUGGCACCCAGACUGAUACAGACCUCAAACUGACUGUGUUUGGGGCUCUGGGAUUUGUCCAAGGUAUCGCUAUCUUUGGUACAACUGUUGCCAUCUCCAUCUGCGGCAUCAUCGCCUCUCGCCACUUGCACAUGGACCUGCUGAUCAAUGUGCUGCGCUCUCCCAUGUCUUUCUUUGAGUGCACACCCAGUGGCAACCUACUCAACCGCUUUGCCAAAGAAAUUGACGCCAUUGACUGCAUGGUGCCCGAUGGGCUGAAAAUGAUGCUGAGUUAUGCCUUUAAACUCAUGGAGGUCUGCAUCAUUGUGCUGAUGGCGACGCCUUUUGCAGCUGUGAUUAUCCUGCCUCUCGCUUUCCUUUACGCCUUUGUGCAGAGCUUCUAUGUUGCCACAUCCUGUCAGCUGCGCAGGCUGGAAGCUGUAAGCCGCUCUCCUAUCUACACCCACUUCAAUGAGACAGUUCAGGGUGCCAGUGUCAUCCGGGCCUUCGGAGAACAGUCCAGGUUCAUUCUGCAAACCAAUGAGAGGGUUGACUUCAAUCAGACCUCCUACUUCCCCCGAUUUGUGGCAACCCGUUGGCUGGCAGUCAAUCUGGAGUUUGUUGGUAAUGGUGUGGUCUUAGCUGCUGCCAUUCUCUCCGUGAUGGGAAAAAACACACUGAGCCCGGGCAUCGUUGGUCUGGCUGUGUCACACUCCCUCCAGGUGACUGGGAUCUUGAGUUGGAUUGUGAGAUCCUGGACUGAUGUAGAAAACAACAUUGUUUCUGUGGAGAGAGUCAGUGAGUACGCUGACACUGCUAAAGAGGCCAGUUGGAGUAUAGAAGGCAGCUCCUUGCCCCUGGCCUGGCCCCAGAGAGGUACUAUAGAGUUCCAGGACUAUGGGCUGCAAUACCGUAAAGGCCUUGAGUUGGCUUUGAAAGGCAUUACCUUGGAUAUUCAAGAAAGAGAGAAGGUUGGAAUUGUUGGUAGAACAGGAGCAGGAAAGUCCUCACUUGCCCUGGGAAUCUUCAGAAUCUUAGAGGCAAACAAGGGAAAGAUCUUUAUAGAUGGAGUCAACAUCGCAGACAUCGGACUCCAUGACCUCAGAUCACGCAUUACUAUCAUUCCUCAGGACCCUGUGCUUUUCUCAGGCUCCCUCCGGAUGAACCUUGACCCAUUUGACACCUACACAGAGGAGGAGUUGUGGAGCUCACUGGAGCUCGCUCACCUUAAAAACUUUGUCUCCAGUCUGCCUGACAAGCUCAACCAUGAGUGCUCCGAGGGAGGAGAAAACCUCAGUUUGGGUCAGCGUCAGCUAGUGUGCCUGGCAAGGGCUUUGCUGAGGAAAACCAAGAUCCUGGUUUUAGAUGAGGCGACAGCUGCCGUGGACCUGGAGACCGAUACACUCAUCCAGUCAACAAUCCGCACACAGUUUGAAGACUGCACUGUCCUGACCAUUGCUCACCGCCUUAACACUAUCAUGGACUACACUAGAGUAAUUGUCAUGGACAGAGGCCACAUUUCUGAGAUGGACUCUCCAGCCAACCUCAUCGCACAACGAGGACAGUUCUAUCGAAUGUGCCGGGAAGCUGGACUGGUCUAGGUCGUCACUGGGCCUUGUACCAUGCAUCUGGUGUCAGGUUU